GCAGAGGCAGACAAGAUGGCGGCGGCGGCUGCACAGGGCGGGAGAACUGGAGGUGGCGGAGGCAGUAGUGGGGCUGGCGGUGGCCCCAGCUGCGGGACAGGCAGUAGCCGCAGCGGGUUGUUGGAUAAGUGGAAGAUUGAUGAUAAGCCUGUGAAAAUUGACAAAUGGGAUGGAUCAGCUGUAAAAAAUUCUUUGGAUGAUUCUGCCAAAAAGGUACUUCUGGAAAAGUACAAGUAUGUGGAGAAUUUUGGUCUCAUUGAUGGUCGCCUCACCAUCUGUACCAUCUCCUGUUUCUUUGCCAUAGUGGCUUUGAUUUGGGAUUAUAUGCACCCCUUUCCAGAGUCCAAGCCUGUUUUGGCGUUGUGCGUCAUAUCUUAUUUUGUGAUGAUGGGGAUCCUGACCAUUUAUACCUCAUAUAAGGAGAAGAGCAUUUUUCUCGUGGCCCACAGGAAAGAUCCUACAGGAAUGGAUCCUGAUGAUAUUUGGCAGCUGUCCUCCAGUCUCAAAAGGUUCGAUGACAAGUACACUCUGAAGCUGACCUUCAUCAGUGGGAGAACAAAACAGCAGCGGGAAGCCGAGUUCACCAAGUCCAUUGCUAAGUUUUUUGACCACAGCGGGACACUGGUCAUGGAUGCAUACGAGCCUGAAAUAUCCAGGCUCCAUGACAGUCUCGCCACAGAAAGAAAAAUAAAAUAGCCAAUUUUAAAAGCAGCCAUCUUUCUGCAGGAUCAUGUGGAAUUACUGGGUGAGGGGAAAAGAAACAGAGAACUUAAAAUGGAUAAAGUAAGAAAUGUUCAAAAUGUCCCUGUUUUGUCUUGAAAUUUUUAGUCCAAUCUGGAUAAAUAGGAUUUUCUAGCUCAGAUAUGAGAAGUUGUAGCUCUGAUAUCUAGCUCUAGCCUCCUUGGUCUGCUUAUUGCGUUGUUUUGAUUUGCUUUUCUGGAAAAACGUUUUUGCUAAAAGCCGUACAGAUUUCCUGCUUCAUACCUAGCAGUACUUUAAUAUAGUAUAGCUUUGUGCCAUGCAGCAUUUGAAGACUCAGCUUUUAAAAUUGUUAACCUGUUGCUAACUUUAUUGUGUUAAUUCCUGUUUCAACAUCUCUUUCUCUUACUUCAGGAUACAACUUCUUGUGUAUGACAGCUUUCCUUCACACACCGUUUUUGUGGGUGUGUAUAUAUCUGACUUGGUGAGAAUUGGAAAAAAAACACAGCUUUUUAAUUUGUUUGACAGAUCUUCUGCCUGUUACAUUUUGUGCUCUUAACCAAUUAAAGAAGCCAAUGACA